AUGUCCGUCUUCCUCCCGUUGCUCGUACUCUCUCCCGAUCCCCGCGUCAUCAAUGUGUCUUCAGCUGCUGGGUCGCUCGGUAUUGUCUCAAAGCUAGCAGAUCCGAUCACUCCGAGCAUUCUGUACACCGUCUCCAAGGCCGCGCUGAAUAUGUUUACCAUCGAGUACCGAAAGCUGCACCCGAACGUGCUCUUCCAUGCGCGUAUUUGUCUUCAUGUACGGCGUGGACAAUCCGCUGAAUUUUCUGACUUGCAUUCAUUGGCUGUGAAUCCGGGUUACUGCAGGACGGGGCUAAACGACUUUCAGGGAGAGCGGGACCCACUGGGCGGCGAGCGUGGUGGUGGACCUGACAAAUGCUGA